GUAGAUGCUAAGCUUAUAAAUGACAAGGUGACAAGCGGCUUCAUCCAUUCAUUGACUGCCGCUGUGUGCGAGAGCAGCUUAUUGCGGACCCUCCGAAAGCCGUAACACACCGGUUCCCAACCAUGUACGCCUGCGCCAAGUUCGUCACCUCUCCAGCUGUGCUGCGUGGGGGGUCCAGAGUCCUCGCACGGCCAGUCUCAGUCUCCCUCUUCAACAGACCUGAAGCCACAGUGGAGCAGCAGGCCCUGUUGCCAGUCAGCCAGUCUGCAGUCCUGACCCGCUCCUUCCAGACCAGCGCUGUCUCCCGGGACAUCGACACUGCCGCCAAGUUCAUCGGUGCUGGUGCUGCCACAGUGGGUGUGGCCGGUUCAGGAGCCGGAAUCGGAACAGUGUUCGGCAGCCUCAUCAUUGGCUACGCCAGGAACCCCUCUCUGAAGCAGCAGCUCUUCUCCUACGCCAUCCUGGGCUUCGCCCUGUCUGAGGCUAUGGGUCUGUUCUGUCUGAUGGUGGCGUUCCUCAUCCUGUUUGCCAUGUAAAUCUGGAAAAGCGCCCCCACUUCUCCUCCCCUUCCCCUUCACUUACAUCCCCUCUUUAUAUCCUUCCUUGCUCCCUUCUCCCUUCCCUCCAUUCGGUCGGAGGGGAAGGGUCCACAGCGGGAUCUCCGAACGAGGUGAUAGGCCAUUCCAAUCAACAGAAGAAUACUAAAGGAAAAAUAUUUGCAUCUGAGGUUACCAAACCUCAAAUCCUUCAUUUUUAUGUUCCUGAACUUAUUUUUGUUUUUCUGAAGUUUUAUGUAAGACCUCACUUCGGUUUAAAUGAUCUGUCCAAAAUAAAUGGUUGGGAUAACUAAAAA